UGUAAUCCAACUAGUCCAAACAGUGGAUAUCUACCAAUGGAAGGUCCAAGAAUCCAGAAGUUGCUCGGUCUGUUAGGCUGGUUUUCUCAGUUGGUUUUCAGUAUACGCUGGAAUCCUGAAGAAGUCAGCUUUAAUUCCAGUGAAGGAAUGGACUUGCCACUGGGAGUGAGAGCAAGCAAGCAAAGAUAGAAUGCUUGCUUAUUCCAUGCCCUUUAUAGAGAUUGCUAGCUGAAGGUAUAGCCCAGAUUAAAAGGUGGAUCUUCCUACCUCAAAGAGGGAUUAGAAGUGGGUCUUCAAAUGGUUUAAUUAAGAAAAAAAAAUCCUUCACAGAUGUACCUAGCCAUUUGGGUUUUAGUUAAUUCUAGAUGUAAUAAAGUUGACAACCAAGAGUAGCCAUCACAUUCCCCUAACAGUGCAGAGAUACACAAGUAAGUGGCUGGGCUACCUGAUGUCAUCAGGUAUCCUGCUUGUCACCUUUCAACAUUUAGCCAUAAGGGAGCCUGUAAACUUAAUCUCCAUUUGGGUGGUCAAACUUGAGGUGACAGUUUGUGUCAUGAAUCUCACUGUAAGCAUUGCAGCUCGCAUGGAAAGGGAUCCUGGCAGUCGGGAGACAAGGAAUACUGAGUGUUACAGCUCCGGUUCAAGAGUAUUGAGCCGGUCUAGAGCCAGGGAAUAGCAUCACAGUAAGGGUGGCAGCUUACAGCCCUGCUCUAGGGAAGGGUUUCCCCAUGGUAACAGCUCUGCUCCAGCAGGCAGGAGAGGGCUUCGGCUCUGGUGCCCUGGGCUAGUGCUCCGAGGUGUAACAGGUCCACUCUGCUAGGGGGAGGUUUGUGUUACACCCCUGCUCUGCUUGCCUCUGGCUUCCCUAGUGAAGUUGUAACAAUUUGGUGCUGCUAGGUUUGCUGCUAGGGGAAGGCUUCUCCAGUGAAAGUGUUACAGUCCUGCCCCAGGCACUCUAUCUAAGUGGGUAAAGAAGGUCUUUACCCAAACAUCAUUCAAGAGGUUUAUUGGGAGGGAAGAUUCCAGGAGAGAGACAGCCACUACCAGAGUGGAAAAAGGGCAGCCACAAACUGAGCAGGCAUAGGGUUUAUAUAGGGCUUCUUAGGGGUGGACUUUUUCCUGGGAGAAGAUUUUCAGGGUGGCAAUUGGUCAGAUUGGCUGGAUUUCUGCUCAGGUGAUCAGGGGCAGAUUUGGCUCUGGUUUCAGGGCCAAAGUGUGUUUCUUUCACUAGCCCUUUUUAACCUUUUGGCUCUAAUUUCAGGGCCAGGGCAUAUUUCUUUAACGAACUCUGAUUCUGUGGCCAAAGUGGGUUUCUGUUUAUUUGUUUGGUUUUUGGUGUGGUUUUGUUUUGCUUUGGCACUGGCCUCAGGGUCAGGGUGUGUUUCUUUGGUUCUGGGUUCAGGGCUAAAGUAUUUCUUAUACUGGCUCUGGUCUCAGAGCCAGGGUGUUUUUCUUUCACUGGCUCUGGUUUCAGAGCCAGGGGUGUGUGUGUGUGUGUGUGUGUGUGUGUGUGUGUGUGUGUGUGUGUGUGUGUGUUUCCCCCACUGGCUCUGGUUUCAGAAACCGGGUGGAUUUCUUUGGCCUUACAGUGACCUAGGCUAAAAAGGACUUUCUGAUAUUAAAGUAGACAGUAAGCAGACUUGAGCAAACCUCUGUGUUUGCUUUGUUUUUCUUUUACCGCAAGUGAGAUUUCUCUGUACAUUUGGGAUAUGACAAGUUACAGCUCUAGACUACUACCAUUGUGUCCCAGAGACACUCCAGUUUUAGCCUGACAAAUCCCAAAGAGAAUGCUUAAUGCUUUAUAUAUGUGAGAUCUGUGCCCUUUGAAUCAGUGACUGGUCAGUGGUGUCUGGCUCUGUGAUUGACCCAGUCAGGGUCAUCACCUUUCCUCCCUCACCCUAGUUUGAGGAAUGGAGCCUGUUGCCAAAUCAAUGUGCCAAGAAGACAAAAACAGUCCCCACUAUAAAUAGUAGCAACUUCGUAAUUGUGCGCUGAUAAUAUUUGAGAGUAUGCUUAACGGUCAUGAGUAUGUAUCCUAGGAAAGGCCAGCUGGACUCUGUCUCCAUGGUGGCUCUCACACCAGGGACAGCUUGCCACUAGGCAAUUAUAAUUCCAGAGAAGAAAAACUCUUUGUUGGUGGAAUAUCAGAAGAGAAGAUAGACGGCAAAGACCUUUCCAGCUGCAGAGAGGAAGAGAAAGGACUUGGGUUUCUGUUUCUGAGAAAGCCAGGCCUCAGUUGAACUUCAGGCUAGAGUCCAAGACCAAAAUGUCACAGGACUUGCCUGGCUCCUGCCUGUUUUCCUUUGAGAUGGUUCUUUUGUCUGUCUGUCUGUCUGUCUGUCUGUCUGUCUGUCUGUCUUGAGACACAGUCUCUCUAUGUAACCCUGGCUGUCAUGGAACUCACUAUGGUCCAAGAUAGACCAGGUUGGCUUCAACUCCCAGAAUACUGCCUCUGCCUCCUGAGUCCUGGGAUUAAAGGUGUGUGCCACCAUGCCUUAUUUUCAGAUACCAUAGUAUGACCCCCCCCACACACAUAGCUUUUUUUUGUGGGGGUGGGGGUUGAGACAGUUUUUCUGUAGCUUUGGCACCAGUCCUGGACUCACUGUGCCUCCCGAGUGCUGGGAUUAAAGGCAUGCACCACCACCGCCCGGCACACACAGCUUUUGGUAUUGGUAGAAAGAGCUCCUCUUUGCUAAAAACCCCCUGGGUUUGAUUCUCAUUGGUCCAGAUCAGAGAGAUGUCCAGACUCAAGUCAUCAUUGUAGCUCAGAAGCUGACACACGGAAUUCUAAUUCCAAUGAUUCUAACUACCACAGAGGGAAUAACUAUGUCUGGGCAGGGAAAAUGAUCAGGCGUCUGGUGCAGGCCUCUUCCUUUCCCCAGAUGUCUUCACCUUCCCCUGACUAGUCCCCAUCCACACUUAACCCACUCCCUCAUUACUCUGGUCCCAAAGGACAUUUUGUUUUGUUUUUCGAGGCAGGGUUUCCCUGUGUAUAGCUUUGGAGCCUGUCCUGGAACUCACUCUGUAGACCAGGCUGGCCUCAAAUUUAGAGAUCCACCUGCCUCUGCCUCUGCCUCCCCGAGUGCUGGGAUUAAAGGUGUGUGCCACCACCGCCCAGACCAGUUUAUAAGGGCCCUGAAGGGGGAUCUGGGCCCAGACUAGGGGCAAAGGGAAAUACGUUUAGCUCGAGUAGGUGUGGUCAACAAAGAGCCAUUCCAAAGAUGCUUUUUCUGUUAGGAACUGCGGAACUGCUUUCUUCUGUCCCCAGCCAGUCAUCUAGGUAGAAGUCUAGUUCUGUACCUCCAUUUCUUAAAGAACUAGGAGCAAGCUCCUGGGUUACCCAGUACUUAUAUAGUAGAUGCUUACCUGAAUAUGAGCCAUACUCUUCCCAUCCCUACUCCUGCCCAGAUAAGUUUCAUAUUGCAGGGUUCCAAGGGAUUGGGAACAAGGUAGAAUAACUGACCUGUAAGGUUCUAUUGACCCAUUCUGUUUUAAAUGGUUAUCCAGAGCCUUUGUGGUUGGUUGGGGCUGGGUAGUGGCUUCUGAAUGAAUCACUUAUACCUCAGUCAGUUCUCUUAGAACCCAGGGCUAUAGCAUCGGAAGGUGACAUAUCUAGGCUAUGGUAGGUUUGAAAUUAAUCAGACAACUAUUUGUCCUACUUAGCACAUCCUUAGAAUAUUAGCCGUAAUGAAAAUGUCUUGGCAAUUAGAAAUGUCUUUCUUGGCCUACCACCAUGGCCUCUAAGAGCCCAGAGGGUGUUUUCCAGCCAUGUCCGUGCUGGCACCAGCCGCCAGCCAGGACAAACUGGCUUCUGUAGAUGAGCUGGUAGCUGUAAGGCUGUUAAGAUAGCACUGGCAGUGCCGGGGCAGUUGGUAACUGGUCCCAGCAAAAUGCCCUGUCACCUUGACAAGCUGUCAUAAGUCCAUGCUCACUGAAGCACAGAAACCUAGCAACAGCAUUGUGGUUCUCAUAACUUGUGUGCUUGUCACCCAUUAGCAUCGGAUGGUGGGACCCUGACCACAUGCUGUGUGGCAGAAGACAGCACCAGGCACCCACCUACUCAUUUAAAUACUUACUGAGCCCACCCAGAGAACCAGGCCCUGCACUGGAGAGUAACAGGCAGCCAGUCCCUGCUCCUAGGGACCGAACAGCUUAGUCAGGGGAGAAAGCCAUGAAACAAACUAGAGUUCCCCGGUAGAGGUCUGAUUUUGGCAGUUGUGGUGAAGUGUGGAUGCCGAGGUGGGAAUGUCAGCUCCCACUCUGCCACAUACUAACCCUGUUAUCUGACCCCUUGGAACCUCCAAUCUUUGAUCUGUAAAGCAAGAAGGGUGGGGUAGUUUGAGGACUUCAGUUCCUUCACACGUGUAAAGCCCUGGAUCUCAGUGAACACACCAUAAACAGCACUGUCUUUCAAAAGUGCAAGACCCUGAGUAGGAACCCGGUCGUUAAAAACACAGCUUCUGACACAUUUUAGGUUUAUAGUGAGAUUAAGCAAAUUUUACCUUUAUAAUCAGACUACCACAAAAAAGAGACGGGAAGGGGAAUAUAAUUUAAAAAGAAGUUUUAUUUAUUAUAUACACAGUAUUCUGCCUCUAGCAGACCAGAAGAGAGCAUCAGAUCUCAUUACGAGAUGUGGUUGCUGGGAAUUGAACUCAGGACCUCAGGAAGAGCAGUCAGUGCUCUUAAACGCUGAGCCAUCUCCUCUCCAGCCUGGAAAAAUCAUUCUUAUUUUGCAUCUAUGGAAUGCCAGGCACUCAGCAGAAAACAUUUAAUCCUUUUAACUUUCAAUAAAGUAAGGAUUUUCACAACCCAUUUUACAAAGGAUGAAACUAGUUAUCAGAGAAGUUGAGUAAAUUUGCCCAGUGCUACACACCAGAAAAUUGAGCAGAAUCAAAGCCAGCUGUUAUCUGGGUGCAAAGUCCAUCUUGUAUGCCGCUAUUCCCAUGUCCGGGGUGGCAAAAGCAGUUGACUGGGUGUCAAGUACCUGCGUGGUGUGUUCAAAGUUUCCACAGAAGCCAGACAGGCAUGUGGCUAACAGCGGCCAGAAUUGACGUUUUUUGUUUUGUUUUUUAGGAAAGCCACACACCUGCACUGUGCCAUUCUUUUUACAUGUUGUAAAUGUUUUUUCUUUUAAUGAAGGCCAAACAGAAUUCUCCUGCUGGGCAGAUUUGGCCCUGCUGCUUUGCUAGAGCUCUUCCAACCAGCCAUCCCUCCCUCUGACUAAAAAAUACGUGUUUUCUACUUGAGACUCUGGGUGAGCCAACUCAGGACAAGCCAGGCAACCUUUUUGCGUUGCGGGCAUGAUAUCUGGUGCUGCUUGCAUUUUUAACCGCGCUAGGAAUCACCUGAAAGUCUUGUUUGACCUGCCGGUCGGGCCUGGGAAGUUUCUUUCCUGGUGGGCGCGCGGAGGGAGUGGGUGGGUGGUAGGGGAAAGUCUCAAGUAGCUGAGGCUGACCUAAGGCUAAUUUGUAAUCUUGAACUCCCGCCCCUCCUAAGGAGUUCCCGGGUGUAGCAGGUACUGCUGCCCCCCCCCCCCCCCCCCCCCCCCCCCGGUUUUCCUGGAGAAGGCUUGAGCUCCGUUCAGCUCUGGGGCAGUGAUUGCUACAGAGGGCCGGUCUUCUACGCUCGGAAGCUCUAUCUGUUUGCCAGGUGUGCUGGGUUUGUUCAGGUUUGGGUUUAUUUAGGCUAGCCGGGGAGAGGGCAGUCGAGGGCAAAGGUGCACUGUCAAGAGGCUUGGAGUUUCAGAUCUAGAAAGUCAAGUGGGGUGGAGGAAGCCCCUGGAGGCGCAGAUGAACCACAUGAGCAUUACCCGGUCGAGGAGCAGAAAGCAGGACCGAAUCCUGUCUACCUGGGGAUUUCCGCGUAUCCCGUUCGUUCCUGGUUUCCCAGGCUAUCCCAAGGUGCAUUCAAUCCUAAAGUCCCUGCCCAUCAAGUUUCUCAGUUGCAAGUUGGUGGGGUUUAAAGGCGGCUGCGCCGUAGAGCACUCCCAUGGUGCCGCGCGCUGGGCGGGUUUGUAUUUUAAAUCCCCGCGGCCAAUCAGCAACGCGCAGGUCCUUGUAACGUUCCCAGCGCUGCGUUUGAAUUCGGGGAGGAACGGAGCAGGGCAAGAUCCUCUGCACCGGCCGUGCCAGGUCCGCGGAGAAAGUCUAGGAGCAUGAAUGCAGCGGCCAAAGCUGGAAAGCUGGCUCGAGCACCAGCCGACCUCGGGAAAGCCGGAGUCCCGGGGGAUGCAGCUCCCGGUGCUUCAGUGGCCGCCCCGCUAUCGAAGGAGAUUCCGGAGAUCUUAGUGGACCCACGCAGCCGGCGCCAGUAUGUACGGGGCCGCUUUCUGGGUAAAGGAGGUUUUGCCAAAUGCUUCGAGAUCUCAGACGCAGACACAAAGGAGGUGUUCGCAGGCAAGAUCGUGCCUAAGUCGUUGCUUCUCAAGCCACACCAGAAGGAGAAGAUGUCUAUGGAGAUUUCAAUUCACCGCAGCCUCGCACACCAACACGUCGUAGGAUUCCAUGGCUUUUUCGAAGACAGCGACUUUGUGUUUGUGGUUUUGGAGCUCUGUCGCAGGAGGUCCCUCCUGGAGCUGCACAAGAGGAGGAAAGCGCUGACGGAACCCGAGGCGCGCUACUAUCUGCGGCAGAUAGUCCUGGGCUGCCAGUACCUGCACCGCAAUCAGGUCAUUCACAGGGACCUCAAGCUGGGCAACCUUUUCCUGAACGAGGAUCUGGAGGUGAAAAUAGGGGAUUUUGGGCUGGCAACCAAAGUGGAAUAUGAAGGGGAACGAAAGAAGACCUUAUGCGGCACUCCCAACUACAUAGCUCCCGAGGUGCUGAGCAAGAAGGGACACAGUUUUGAGGUGGAUGUGUGGUCCAUUGGGUGCAUCAUGUAUACCUUGCUAGUGGGCAAGCCACCUUUUGAGACUUCAUGCCUAAAAGAGACCUACCUCCGGAUCAAGAAAAAUGAAUACAGUAUCCCCAAGCACAUCAAUCCUGUGGCCACCGCCCUCAUCCAGAAGAUGCUUCAGACAGACCCCAGUGCUCACCCUCACGAGUUGCUUGAUGACGAGUUCUUCACUUCUGGCUAUAUCCCCGCCCGUCUCCCCAUCACCUGCCUCACCAUCCCACCAAGGUUUUCCAUAGCUCCCAGCAGCCUGGACCCCAGCAGCAGGAAGCCUCUCACGGUCCUCAAUAAAGGUGUAGAGAACUCCUUGCCUGACCGUUCCCGGGAAAAGGAAGAACCAGUGGUUCGUGAGGCAAGUGAGGCCAUCGAGUGUCACCUUAGUGACCUGCUGCAGCAGCUGAUCAGUGUCAAUGCCUCCAAGCCCUCAGAGCGAGGGCUGGUGCGGCAAGAGGAGGCCGAGGAUCCUGCGUGCAUCCCCAUCUUCUGGGUCAGCAAGUGGGUAGACUAUUCGGACAAGUAUGGACUUGGGUACCAGCUGUGUGACAACAGUGUGGGGGUGCUCUUCAAUGACUCAACCCGCCUCAUCCUCUACAAUGACGGUGACAGCCUACAGUACAUAGAACGCGACGGCACGGAGUCCUACCUCACUGUGAGCUCUCAUCCUAACUCCUUGAUGAAGAAGAUCACUCUCCUCAAAUAUUUCCGGAAUUACAUGAGUGAACACCUGCUGAAGGCGGGGGCUAACAUCACACCCCGGGAGGGAGAUGAGCUGGCUCGGUUGCCCUACCUGCGGACAUGGUUCCGCACGCGCAGCGCCAUCAUCCUGCACCUCAGCAACGGCACCGUACAGAUCAAUUUCUUCCAGGACCACACCAAGCUUAUCCUGUGCCCCCUGAUGGCAGCAGUGACCUACAUUGAUGAGAAGAGGGACUUCCGUACAUACCGCCUGAGCCUGCUGGAGGAAUAUGGCUGCUGCAAGGAGCUGGCUAGCCGGCUGCGCUAUGCCCGCACCAUGAUAGACAAGCUGCUGAGCUCACGCUCUGCCUGCAACCGCCUCAAGGCUUCCUCAUAAGCUUCUGUCCCUCGGACUGGUUCCCCUUCACUCUGCAAGUUCUGUCUGGGCCUACACUGCUAGGCUCCUGGGGCUGCUGUUCAGUGCCCCUGGCCCUGAGGGCUGGGUGGGGAGCAGUGCCCCCGUUGAAGGGGUUGCUGUGUAAGUUAUUUUUGUACAUGUUUGGGUAUGGGUUUACAACCUCUUCCCUUGCCCUCAGCCCUCUGUAUCAAUUGUAUAGAUAUUUUUAUUGAAUUUGGGACUGUUCUUUUCUUAGCUUUAUAUACAUUAAAUAUAUGUACAUCA